AUGAAGGCAUCUCUACUCUCCCUCUUCGCCUUCUCCCUAGCCGGGACCACCCUCGCCGCUCCUCCCAGCCUGGCGGAGAGGGCCAGCGGUGGAAAGUUUGACCAGGGCCAGCCCAUCAGUGGCGAUGGAAAGGGUGCCCCCAUCCUCGGCGGCACCGACCGUGAGAGGGACCAGUCCAACCCGGAUAACCUGGGGAGGCAGUCGACCGACAACGGCAUCGUGCCCAACCUGAAAUGGAGCUUCUCCGACUCCAAGACCAGGAUCCUCAACGGCGGCUGGGUCCGCGAGCAGCUCGUCCAGGACCUCCCCUCCAGCGGUGACAUCUCCGGCGCUCAGCAGCAUCUGACCAAGGGAUCUUCCCGAGAGCUCCACUGGCACCGCGUCGCCGAAUGGGGCUUCCUCUACGCCGGCGAGGCCAUCAUCUCGGCCGUCGACGAGAAUGGCUCGUACCAGAGCGUCAAGAUUGGCUUCGGAGACAUCUGGUACUUUCCCAAGGGUGUCGCCCAUACCAUACACGCCCUUGAGGAUGCCGAGUACCUCCUCGUCUUUGACGAUGGCGACUUUGAGAAGAGCGGCACCACCUUCAACAUUGACGACUGGCUCGCCCACACCCCCAGAGACAUCCUCGCCAAGAACUUUGGCGUAGACGAGUCCGUCUUCUCCGACAUCCCCGACAAGAAUCCUUACAUCGUCAACGGCACCGUCAGUGACGGUCACAUUGCCGACGGCCCCGACGACAACAUCGUAGACGACGCCUCCUUCAUCUACCGCACCCUGCAGCACGGUCCCGAGAAGACUGGCGGAUCAGGUGGCAGCCUUUACAAGAUCGACUCUACCAACUUUCCCAUCGCCAAGACCAUUGCUGCCACCUACGUCACUCUUGAGCCCGGUGCUCUUCGUGAGCUUCACUGGCACCCCAACGCUGAAGAAUGGCUAUACUUCCACAAGGGCAAAGGCAAGGCCACCGCCUUCACCGGCAACACCAACGCCAGGACCUUUGACUUUGCCGCCGGCGACACUGCCGUCUUCCCCGACAACGCAGGCCACUAUAUCGAGAACGUUGGCGACGAGGACCUCGUCUACAUCGAGAUCUACAAGUCCGACCGGGUCGCCGACAUCUCGCUCACCCAGUGGCUAGCUCUGACCCCUCCCGACAUCGUGGCCAACAUCCUCAAGGUGCCCAUCGAGUUUGCCAGGUCCCUCAAGAAGGAGAAGCAGACCUUUGUCGCUGCAUCUUCUUAG